AUGCAGAAGCUGGGGGUUGGCUUACUUUACAAAGCCACUUUGGGUCAGGAUUCGGCAGAUUUUUUGAAAGGAUUACCGGUCUACAACAAAAGCAACUUCAGCAGAUUCCAUGCGGAUUCUGUAUGUAAAGCAUCAAAUAGAAGACCAUCGGUAUAUCUUCCCACGAGAGAAUAUCCAUCUGAACAAAUCAUAGUAACAGAAAAGACAAAUAUCCUUUUGCGUUAUUUACAUCAGCAGUGGGACAAAAAGAACGCAGCAAAGAAGAGAGAUCAAGAGCAGGUGGAAAUAGAAGGGCCACGGUCGUUUGGCAGCGUACAUUCUCACGCAUCAGUGGUCAUGGAGAAUUCAAGUGAAGGGUGUGUUGCUUUUGUUGCUCUUAAAUUCUAACCGUCUCUUGGUCUUGAACGGACUGAAAUGUGCAACUUCUCCGUUGGAAUAAAAGGAUACUCUUACCCUGUUCUGAGUUUUUGAUCAACAGUGUAUUUAAGCAACAGCUGAUGGAACGGAGUUGGGUAGGCACCCUGCAGGCAGCGCGUGGCUGGAUGAGCCUGGGAGCACCUUGGCAACAAGAUCUACUCUGUCUCAACUGCUGGCUCUGAAUAAUGGUACGUUGUAUUUUCCUGCGAUAUCGGCAUGUCUGGAAUGGAGUCCAGGACUUGGAGUUGACCAAAAUGUGAGCUUCCAUGGUCUCUGAUGAAGACCGAUCUCUUUGGGACUGUGACAGUUCAGUGCCUGUUGCCUGUAACCCUUCACUGACUCUUCAGAAAGAGCCAAAAUGGAGACCUGUACGUCGUCUAGGUGGAUUCAGAGGUGCAGAGACUAAAAGGAAAUGAGCAUCGUCACCUGAAGGGGACAGGAAAGGUGUAGCUUAGUAAUGAUGUCGUGUCUGCUUUCACGUAAGAAGCUGACUUCACACUGUGUUAGUUCAAAUUGUUGCAUUUAUAGCUGUGUGUUUUCCUUGUUCACAAAUCCUAAACACCGAUUCAAGAAAUCGCACGAACCUUUUUCUAGAGAUCCUGGAUAAGCCUCGUUCCGAGCGGCUGCCGCGGCCCCGAGCUUUGAGGGUUUCUGCUGUCCCCUUCUCCGCAGCGUCCCUGUCCCACCGGGGAUGCCACGCGUUCAGGUUUUGGGGGCGAAGGGAACGCGAAGGGAGAUCAACUGUUGCAGACGACUGUAUGUUGCAAGGCAGAACCUUAGGAAGAGCAGGGCACAGCUCCCGUUGCGUUUUUAAAUGUACGUUAGGCACCGAGUUUCUGAUGCAGUGAGUGAAUUUAACGCUGAGUAGUUUAGAACUUUGUAUCUGCCUCAAAAAA